AUGUUCAACUGGGAGACCGGCCUGAACAUAACCACCGUCCCGGUUGCUGGUGUCCUGGGAAACCAGUGGUGGAUUCUCGGGUUCGGCACUGUCUUCGUGAUCAAUGACAAGCACACCAAGUUGUACGAAUACAACUCCACGGAGGUCGGGAGGGCCCGAGGAGCCUAUGUGAACUUGGCGGUGGACGGCUCGGAUUUGCACCUGUUGAUGUCCCUUGUGUUCACCAACCAGGAGUUCAGUGGGAGCACACUAGAAAUACAGGGUUCCGAUUGGUUCUACAACAAAAAAAGGGAAGUGUCCGUGGUGUCCGGCACUGGGAAAUUCCGGCUCGCUAGGGGAUACGCAUUUCUGGAAACUCUGUUCCUCGACAGGUUAACUCCAAUGCCAUCAUACGCUGGAACGUCACCGUUUAUCACUACUGAUUUGGAAGAGUUUCGGCUUUGGUUGCUCCUAUAG